UUCCAUGGUCUGUGUACUGUGGGAGACCAGAUAUAGUGAAUGUAGGGUCCGGGGGAGACCAGAUAUAGUGAAUGCAGGGUCCGGGGAGAGCAGAUAUAGUGAAUGCAGGGUCCGGGGAGAGCAGAUAUAGUGAAUGCAGGGUCCGGGGAGAGCAGAUAUAGUGAAUGCAGGGUCCGGGGAGACCAGAUAUAGUGAAUGCAGGGUCCGGAGAGACCAGAUAUAGUGAAUGCAGGGUCCGGAGAGACCAGAUAUAGUGAAUGCAGGGGUCCGGGGAGACCAGAUAUAGUGAAUGCAGGGUCCGGGGAGACCAGAUAUAGUGAAUGCAGGGUCCGGGGA